UUCGUUUCUUUAUUAUUCUUCUAACCUGCCUUGCCUUUUGUUCGUUUCUUCCUACUCCUACCCCAUUUAUAUAGAUACGUGUUACUACUGCUUCUCUACUCGUUAUCCAAUUUGUUGUGCCCCAGUUCCCUUCCUUUGUCUAAAAAUUGCAGCAAUUUGUCCUCGAAAUCAGCACACAAGAUACAAAUUUUCUUGUAAUGGCCUUCUCAAAUUGAUCAUCCAUCUGGGUUUUUGAGUUUUUCAGCUGGGAAUCCAUUUUUAUUCUCUGGGUUUUAGCUGCUAUGCACAUUUCCAUAUUCAACCGACAAGAAAAUUUGGUUUUUUUUUUGGGGUGUCUUUUCUGGUUUUAAGCCGAGUGAGAGAUGCAAUCAGUGAGCUCGGAGCAGGGGAGAUCGGCGGCAGAUACGAGAGGGAAGCAUAGGAUUUCUGCUGAAUUGAAAAGACUUGAGCAAGAAGCUCGCUUUUUGGAGGAAGAACUAGAACAGCUUGAGAAGAUGGAGAAGGCCUCAGCUUCUUGCAAGGAGAUGCUGAGUAAGGUGGAGACAAGACCGGAUCCGCUACUUCCAGCGACGAAUGGCCCGCUCAAUCCAUCCUGGGAUCGAUGGUUUGAGGGGCCUCAAGAGAAAUCAGGAUGCAGGUGCUGGAUUCUGUGAUUGUUGGUGCUAGAGCAGUUUGCUAAAUUGAUGGUUGAGCUUGUUACAGAGUACAGAUAGGAAUAUCCUGUCAGGUUAUCAAAUGAUCCAUUGUGCAGAGAUUCACAAUUUUUCCUUACUCUAGAUUAUUCUAUAUCAAAAAAUUCUAUGUUUUCUCCCCUUUCAGUUACCCCUAGAAAUGGAAUGGAAUACAGCAUCGUGUACAAAUGCCCAUUUAUGUUCUUGUAAACAUGAUUAAGAAAUUUCACCUUAUAACCAAGAGAUAAUUUUCUGUUUUGUAUCCUCA